AUGCCAGAGAAGUGUGGGAACUUCGCUGUGUUGGUGGAUCUUCAUGUACUCCCCCUGGGCGGCCAAAACAACGCCAGCUGGUUCUCUCAAGACCAUAAGGAGGAAGUCACUGCGAUGAUAAGAGAUGCUGUAGACCAGAGGGUAAAGCAGUUCCUGGAGUCCAGACGACAGAAAGGCCAGCCCAAGCAGAAGAAGGAUCUGAGUCCAGCCAACCCGCUGUGCCUUGAAGGUGAAGUCUUUCACCUGGCUGCUUAUUUCUUGAAGCGUCAUGUUAAUCUGAGGUGCAUUGCCAAGAGGCCUUCCAGAGAGUUGCGUGUUUUCCCUGAGCGGUUCAUCAUAUGUGUGAGUCUUCCCGAGUGCGACGCAGCGAUGUGUGGAAAUCCGAACCUGGAUUUGCUGAGUGGACAAAGCAGGUCUGAGUAUUUUUCCGGACCAGGGGAAACCCUAGACCCAUUAAACAGCUCCACAAUAACAAAGAGGACCGCCCUUCAAAGGAUAGUUAGACAAGCCAACGCCCAAGCCAAACCCAAAACAUCCAACCUGGAGGUCCAGGGGCUCGGUCUGCCUUUGUCUCUCACAGCAACAGAAGAGGAACCUAGUGGCCUAGCACAAGCCCAACCCUCCAAUCUGGCUGCCGUCUCCGAAUUUCAGGGUGGGGAAACUGAAGCCAAAGCCAAAAGUCCUAACAUGACCUGCAUGGGAAAGGUCGAGAGAGACGAGUUGACGUUUGAUCAGGGAGAGGGAAAGAACCAGAGCAAGUCUGCUGACUCACAGCAGCUAAACACCGAAGUGCAGAAAGGGCCAGAACCUGAGCCCGCUGGUGCCAGCAGUGAAAAGAGAGGGAGAGGGACACUCAGCAGCUCAAAUGAGGACCAACCUCCACAAGAGAAAAAGAGCGCGUGCCACGAAGCAGCCUCAGUACCCCACACUGAGAAUGACACGCCCAGGCUCCCGGCCAAGGCCUCCGCGCGGAGCUCUGCGUCGGGGCUCUCCGCCUGCUGUCUUUUGAUGGCGCAGGGUGAAAGCGUUCUGGAAGAGGAGCUGCUUACACAUGGAAAACAGGCCCCCAGUCUCCCCCUCAGCAAUAGUAACACAGAGCUGACUAACCAAAACAGGCUGGACACGAGUCUGAGGGGCCUAUCUGUCAAGCCGGCAUCCUCUGGCUCCUCUAUUGGUUCCAGAUUGGCUGCCAGAGAAGAAGGGAGGGAGACUGUACCCAGAACAUCCCGAUUACGCCGGUUAAAGAAGUCCUGA